AUGAAUUACCCGGGCCUCGGGUCCCCGCUCAGCCCGGAGCAUAACGGCCGGGACAGCAGCGGCGCCGCCGCCUGGCAGCUGGGCUCGGAGGCGGACCCGGCGUUCCGCGGCGGCGGCGGCGGCGUCCGCUGCUUUGAGCACCUGCCCGGCGGGGACCCGGACGACGGCGAGGUGCCCCUGGCGCUGCUGCACGGGGAGCCCGGGCUGCACCUGGCGCCCGGCGCGGAGGAGCUCAACCACCACCUGGCGCUGGACCCCUGCCUCAGCGACGAGAACUAUGACUUCAGUUCGGCCGAGUCCGGCUCCUCGCUGCGCUACUACAGCGAGUGCGAGAGCGGCGGCGGCGGCGGCGGCGGCGGCAGCUCCCUGUCCCUGCAGCCGCCGCCGCCGCCGCCGCCGCCACUGCAGCCGCCGCCGCCGCCGCCGCAGCUGGUGGUGCCGACGAACUCGGGGGGCUCCGGGGCCGGGGGCGGGGGUCUCGGCGAAAGGAAGCGCACCCGGCCCGGCGGCGCGGCCGCCCGGCACCGCUACGAGGUGGUGACGGAGCUGGGCCCGGAGGAGGUGCGCUGGUUCUACAAGGAGGACAAGAAGACCUGGAAGCCCUUCAUCGGCUACGACUCGCUCCGCAUCGAGCUCGCCUUCCGGACCCUGCUGCAGGCCACGGGGGGCCUAGCGCAGGCCGCGAGCCCGGACCGCGGCCGUGUGUGCGGCCCGGCCUCCCCCGCGGCGCCGGCCGCCAGCUUCGGGACGGAGGACGACGAGGACGAGGACGAGGACCGCGCCUGCGGCUUCCUCCGCCGCGCCUCGAGGCACGAGCCCGAGAUGGAGCCGCUGGUGACGGUGGAGCGCGUGUGCGUGCGGGGCGGCCUCUACGAGGUGGACCUGGCCCAGGCCGAGUGCCACCCGGUGUACUGGAACCAGGCUGAUAAAAUACCAGUAAUGCGUGGACAGUGGUUUAUUGAUGGUACUUGGCAGCCGUUAGAAGAAGAAGAAAGUAAUUUAAUUGAGCAAGAACAUCUCAGCUGUUUUAGAGGUCAGCAAAUAGAAGAAAGUUUUGAUACGGAAGUGUCAAAAUCCAUAGAUGGAAAAGAUGCUGUUCAUAGUUUCAAGUUGACUCGAAACCACGUGGACUGGCACAAUAUGGAUGAAGUAUAUAUUUAUAGUGAUGCAACAACAUCUAAAAUUGCAAGAACAGUUACCCAAAAACUGGGAUUUUCUAAAGCAUCAAGUAGUGGGACCAGACUUCAUAGAGGUUAUGUAGAAGAAGCCUCGUUAGAAGACAAACCAUCUCAGACAACCCACAUUGUGUUUGUUGUGCAUGGCAUCGGGCAGAAGAUGGACCAAGGAAGAAUUAUAAAGAACACAGCCAUGAUGAGAGAGGCUGCUAGAAAAAUAGAAGAAAGACAUUUUUCCAACCAUGCAACACAUGUUGAAUUUCUGCCUGUUGAGUGGCGGUCAAAACUUACUCUUGAUGGAGACACUGUUGAUUCCAUUACUCCUGACAAAGUACGAGGUUUAAGGGAUAUGUUGAACAGCAGUGCAAUGGACAUAAUGUAUUAUACUAGCCCACUUUAUAGAGAUGAACUAGUUAAAGGCCUUCAGCAAGAGCUGAAUCGAUUAUAUUCCCUUUUCUGUUCUCGGAAUCCAGACUUUGAAGAAAAAGGGGGUAAAGUCUCAAUAGUGUCACAUUCACUGGGAUGUGUAAUCACUUAUGAUAUAAUGACUGGCUGGAAUCCAGUUCGAUUCUAUGAACAGUUGAUGCAGAGGGAAGACGAGUUGCCUGAUGAAGGAUGGAUGAGCUAUGAAGAACGACACCUUCUUGAUGAACUCUACAUAACAAAACGAAGGCUGAGAGAAAUAGAAGAAAGGCUAAAUGGAUUGAAGUCAUCAUCUAUGACACAAAUACCUGCCUUGAAAUUUAAGGUUGAGAAUUUCUUCUGCAUGGGAUCCCCACUAGCAGUAUUUUUGGCAUUGCGUGGCAUUCGCCCAGGGAACACUGGAAGUCAAGACCAUAUUUUGCCCAGAGAGAUUUGUAACCGGUUACUAAAUAUUUUUCACCCAACAGAUCCAGUGGCUUAUAGAUUAGAACCAUUAAUACUGAAACACUACAGCAACAUUUCACCUGUCCAGAUCCACUGGUAUAAUACUUCAAAUCCUUUACCAUAUGAGCAUAUGAAGCCAUGCUUUCUUCACCCGUGCAAAGAAUCUACCUCAGUUUCAGAGAAUGAAGGCAUUUCCACACUACCAAGCCCUGUGACCUCACCUGUCUUGUCUCGCCGACACUAUGGAGAAUCUAUAACAAAUAUAGGCAAAGCAAGCAUAUUAGGGGCUGCUAGCAUUGGAAAGGGACUUGGAGGAAUGUUGUUCUCAAGGUUUGGACGUUCAUCUACUGCACAGCCAUCUGAGACACCUAAAGACCCAAUGGAAGACGAGAAGAAGCCAGUUGCCUCGCCUCCUACUACCACUGUGGCAACACAGACCCUUCCACAUAGCAGUUCUGGCUUUCUUGAUUCUGCAUUGGAAUUGGAUCACAGAAUUGACUUUGAACUCAGAGAAGGACUUGUGGAGAGCCGCUAUUGGUCAGCUGUCACGUCACAUACUGCCUAUUGGUCAUCCUUGGAUGUUGCCCUCUUUCUUUUAACCUUCAUGCACAAACAUGAGCACGAUGAUAAUGCAAAACCCGAUUUAGAUCCAAUUUGA